AGGGCUUGCGUUUGUGUUCCUCCUCUCUUAAAUUUGCAGCUGCUGCGAGGAGAUUGCACGUAAAACAGAGAGAGACAGUGCCUCUUCCUGUCCUUAUCUCCCAGAAGAGAAACCUAACCCUAUCCACCAUUUCCCACUCUCUCUCUCUCUCUCAAGUCUCAACCAAUCCGACGGCCGUCCGCUUCUCUAUCUAUCUCAAUAACCAAAAAAAUAAAAAAUAAAAACAAAAAGGUUAGGUUGCGGAGUGCUGAGUUAUGAUGGCGGAUCCGACUGUGAUAAGUUUGAGGCCCGGCGGCGCUAUUGGCCUGCGCCCCCCACGAUUCCUCACAUCUCGCCUCGAUUCCUCUUCAGAGCCUCAAUCCUCCAAUGCUGCUCUCUCUUCCGCCUUCAAGACUGGUGACUUGCGGUUUGAAGGUCGUGAGCGUGUUCGAUAUACUAGAGAUCAGCUAAUGCAGCUUAGAGAGGCUGCCACUACUAUCCCCGAGGGUAUUCUGAAGAUUAAACAAGAAAUAGAGGCCGAGUUUGGUGGAGAUGAUCCUACUUGGGGACGCACAGAUGCCAACCCACAGCCUCAAUCGCAAGGUCGUUAUACUGAGUUAGAUAACCGUGAUUGGCGUGGUCGAUCUGGACAGUUACCUGCUUCUGAAGAGGAAAGAAAUGAUUUUUCAAGGCGACAGGGAUUGAAUAACCAGCAGGACCAACAAUUUGCAAGGCCACAAAUUUCUGGUAACCAAGUGGCAGGACCUGCUCCUGUUCUUCUUAAGGCGGAGGUUCCAUGGUCAGCUCGAAGAGCAAAUCUCUCUGAGAAGGACCGUGUAUUGAAGACAGUGAAAGGUAUACUGAACAAAUUGACCCCAGAGAAGUUUGAUGUUCUCAAGGGUCAACUAAUUGACUCUGGAAUCACAAAUCCAGAUAUUUUGAAGGAUGUUAUCUUUCUGAUAUUUGAUAAGGCUGUGCUGGAGCCAACAUUUUGUCCGAUGUAUGCCCUUUUAUGUGCGGAUCUUAAUGCGAAACUUCCUCCUUUUCCACCUGAGGAGCCUGGUGGGAAAGAAAUCACUUUUAAACGAGUCCUGUUGAAUAACUGCCAGGAGGCUUUCGAAGGUGCUGACAACCUGAGGGCAGAAAUUAGGCAGAUGACUGCUCCUGAGCAAGAAAUGGAAUGCAGAGAUAAAGAACGAAUGCUGAAGUUGCGAACUCUAGGAAACAUACGCCUUAUUGGGGAACUUUUAAAGCAGAAGAUGGUGCCUGAAAAGAUUGUACACCAUAUUGUUCAGGAGCUUCUGGGAUAUGAUGGAAAAACAUGCCCUGCUGAAGAGAAUGUAGAGGCAAUAUGUCAGUUUUUCAACACCAUUGGUAAGCAGCUUGAUGAGAGCCAAAAAUCUCGCCGAAUCAACGAUACCUAUUUCAGUAGGUUGAAGGAACUGACUACAAACUCCCAACUUGCACCACGGUUGAGGUUCAUGGUCCGCAAUGUUCUUGAUAUGCGGGCCAACAACUGGAUUCCAAGACGGGAAGAGGUGAAAGCAAAGACUAUAACUGAAAUUCAUUCAGAAGCAGAAAAGAACUUAGGGUUGCGUCCAGGUGCAACGGCAACGAUAAGGAAUGCUCGUAUUGCAGCUGCCUCUGGGGAUUUGAGCCCCGGAGGUCUUCCUGCUACCCGGCCUGGCUAUAUGCCUGGAAUGCCUGGAAGCAGGAAAAUGCCGGGAAUGCCUGGACUUGAUUCUGACAAUUGGGAGGUUUAUCGAUCUAGAUCAAUGACCAAGCGCGAUGGUUUGGUUAACUCUCCAUCUGGAGGACGUGUCCAGCCACCGUUGAUCAGCAAAGCACCGUCUCUUAAUUCAAAAUUUUUACCUCAAGGCAGUGGUGGAAUCAUAACUGGGAAAACAAGUGCCUUGUUGCAGGGCUCUGGUGGUCCUCCUCGAACUAAUUUGAUUUCUGGAGUUGAACCUCUUGCUCAAAACGCCAAGCCUACAGUUCCAGCUGCAUCAUCAGUUUCUUCUGAGAAGGCUCUGGCCCCUGAAAUUGUACCGACUUCUGCUAAACCUCUGAUUCCUGCAACAGUACCAAAUUCUGCUGCUCUUCUUAAAAAAACUGUAUCCCUGCUGGAAGAAUAUUUCAGUGUUCGGAUUCUCGAUGAGGCACUUCAAUGUGUGGAGGAGCUGAAAGCCCCAGCCUACCAUCCUGAGUUUGUUAAAGAAGCUAUUGCUCUUGCUCUGGAUAAGAGCCCACCAUGUGUAGAACCGGUCAUAAAACUUCUCGAGUACCUGUUCAGUAAAAACGUUUUGACAUCGAGAGAUAUAGGGACUGGUUGCCUUUUAUAUGGGUCAAUGUUGGACGAAAUCGGCAUUGAUUUGCCGAAAGCACCAAAUAAUUUUGGUGAGAUUAUUGGGAAGUUGGCUCUGGCAGGGGCAUUGGACUUCAAGGUUGUGAAGGAAAUCCUUGAGAAGGUGGAAGAUGACAUGUAUCGGUCGGCCAUUUUUGGUGCUGCUAUGAAGAGCAUUACAUCGCAAGAUUUUUUGGCUAGCCAGGAAACUGAAAUUCAGGCGUGUAAAAGUUUGCUUUCCUGAUUCAGGCCAGUUUCUAUGGCCACUGGAAAACAUUUUCGCCUUUGUGACAUUUGGCUACAGGGGAAUAGGGAGUAGAUUUGCUUAUUUCCCAUAUUUUUGAAAUUUUGUUUUCAUUUUAAGCAACUCAGGAUAAUUUUAUUCAGUUGUAUAUUUAAUUUUGGGGAUUUGUUUAUUAAGCUGAGAAACAUCA